UCUAGAACGUACAAUCCCUUACGUUUAGUGGGGCCAGGUACUUAUAAUUCAAUUUCAAGUUGUAAAUGAAAAUGAAAAUGAAAAUUGGUUGAAAACUGAAUAUGCUUUGUUCGUAUUCAUGAUCUGAACAGCUGAAAUUGGGUGAAAGUUGGAAACUUUGAUCGAAUGUAUCAAAAUUUUCAGCACGUCUCAUCUCAAUGCGAGUCAUAUAUUUACCUACGCAUUCUGGAAGGGUUGAGUUUUAGACAAGCGUGGUGAAAGUUGAUAACUUGAUAUAAUUAUAUGAAGGGUUUGAUUGGACCUAGCUUGUACAGUUGCUGUAAUUGUGGAAACCAUGUUGCCCUUCAUGACGAUGUGAUUUCAAAAGCCUUUCAGGGAAGAAAUGGACGAGCUUUUCUGUUCUCCCAUGCAAUGAACAUUACCGUAGGGCAAAAAGAAGACAGGGAACUCAUGACGGGUCUCCACACAGUUGCUGAUGUCUACUGUUCUGACUGCAAUGUAGUGAUUGGUUGGAAAUUUGAAAGAGCCUAUGACGAAACACAGAAGUACAAAGAAGGCAAGUACAUACUUGAGAAGUCUAAAAUUGUCAGGGAAAACUGGUAGUGGCAGUAGCUAAAGAUUGAUCUUAUAAAUAAUCCCAGUGUAGCAGUUGGCGUAGGUGCAUAUAUUCUACAUGCUCAAUUUGAACAUUUGAGUUAAAUUCAAUUAUUGUUAUUUGCCGUGUAUUCUCUUAUCAAUUACUAUCUGGAUAUCUUCGUCUU